AUAAUGUAUCCUCUAAAAGAAAUCUUACUAUAAAGUAUAUCAUCAUGCUUUAUUUUACAUCCCAGAAACGAUAUAACUAAGUUCACACUAGAUCUUUCUCCAUUUCCAUUUUACUUGCAAUUCUUGACCUCACCACUUUCAAAAUCUCUUUUCGCCAAAAAAACUCUUAGCAUUAUCCAAAGCUAGGCUGCAUUUCUUCCUUUGUUACCUAAUACUAGUAAUUUCACUGCUGCGUUGGAGUGUCAAAGUUUAGGGACUCUAUUGUAAAAGAUAAUACUUAAAAUACAACAUAAAAUAUCUGUGGCCAAUUCAAAUAAUUUUGAAAGAAGAGAAUAUGAAAUUGUCCGCAAGAGCUAGAAAUUUAGUUACUCAAUAAAAAGGUUAUCUACUAUUCAAAAGUUAUCUACUAUGGAUAAAAGGCUUUCACAACUCAAAGAGGCACAAGAAAGGUUUGAUCGAAAUAAUGAAAUUUUGAUUCCUAGGAUCCAAAGGGUUCCAAUGUUUUUGCGGCAAAAUGAAAGAUUUUAUAAGUAUUGUACACCAAAGAUUAUAUCAUUUGGUCCUAUUCAUCACAAUGCUAAAAAUCUGAAAGAAGGAGAGCAUUACAAGCUUCUAUGGACAUCAAUAUUUGUUGCUAAUUAUGGCAAAAAAAUUGAUAAAGAUGAUAACGAAGCAUGUAAGCUUUUGCUUAAAAAGAUUGAAGAUAAUAUUGAAAAUGUGAAGAAUAUGUUCACUGAGGAUGCAAUUGAAGGCUACAAUGAUAAUGAUCUUGCUUGGAUAUUGUUUGUGGAAGGAUGUUCUUUGCUACACUUUAUGGAAAAUGUUGAUGACCAAUGCCCGGAUGCCCUAAACCUUAAGUUUGACCAACUGAUGCACAUAUGGAGAGAUACUAAUUUGUUAGAGAACCAGCUUCCAAACAAAAUGCUUGAGAUUCUAUGCAAAGAAGCGGGUUAUGAUUUGGGAUUUUUAAUUAACAAUUAUGAUAAUUUGGGUCGAGGUAAACGAUGCGGAAUGGUAAUGGUUCAAUUGGAAAAUACUAAGCCCUGUCAUCUACUCGAUUUUGCUCGUUCAUUGUACUUGUCACCCAAAAAGGUUUCCAACGUCGAAGGACAUGGCCAAAUGGAAACACAGUUGGAAGGAGGUGAACAUAGUUCAAUGCGGAAAAAAUACAACUCAAGACCAAGAAGACAGUGAUGAGGAAGAUAUUAAUUUUAAUUGGAAUACUUAUAAGAGCAUACGGGAUCUAAAAACAGUAGGAAUUCGAGUGGUAGCAAAUAAGACAGAUGAGUGGAACUGGAGUAACAUUUCGUUCAAGUCUAAAUGGUUUAGUGGAGAAUUAAGGCUUCCUAUGUUUUUGUUUAAUGACGUCACACCUUAUUUUUUUCGAAAUUUAAUAGCAUAUGAGAUGUGUCCAGAUGUUCAUUACAACUAUGAAUGUUGCUCGUUCUUUAGCUUCAUGGAUUCAUUGAUUGACAAUGCAGAGGAUGUAAAAGAGCUUAGACCAGCUGGUGUAUUUCAAAACUUGCUUGGGAGCGAUGAAGAUAUGGCAAAACUCUUCAAUGAUUUGGGUGAUGAUUUGCCAACAAAAAUGUAUUGCCACAUUGCCUACACAAAAGCAGUAGCCUAUAGCAAGAAAUAUAUUCUCAUCAAGCAUGAAAUUGAAAAGCAUUACAAAAAUAAAUGGAAGACAUGGUUAGCUCAAGCUUACAACACUCAUUUCAAUACACCAUGGGCUAUGAUUGCUUUUUCAGCCGCAGUACUGGCUUUAGUUCUUACUUUCAUCCAAACCUGGUUUACCAUGAAUCCAAAAUAAAAAGAAAUAUUCCAAUUAAACAAAUAUGUAUGUGUGUUAGAACAAAUUGAGGAUAUUGUGUCACCUCCUCAUAUAAUAAUUUCGUAGUAUUGAGAUCCAUGUUUCUUUAACAAAAUUAAAGUGCAAAAAAAUUGUUUUAUAUUGAUAAUGUAAUUGUUGAGACAUUUGUAUUUUAGAAUAUAUCAGUUGUAUUUUGUGA